AUGGCUGCUGUUUCUGUCACCAAGCCCUCUGAGGCUCCCACCGGCCUUGCGCUCUAUGGUCGCUUUGCCUUCGCUGGUGCCAUGUGCUGUGCCAUCACUCACGGUGCUGCCACUCCUCUUGAUGUCGUCAAGACCCGUAUGCAGCUCGACCCCGUUACCUACAACCGCGGUCUGUUCGGUGGUAUCGGCCAGGUUGUCCGCAACGAGGGUGCUGGUGCUCUCCUCACUGGUUUCGGUCCUACUGCUGCUGGUUACUUCCUCCAGGGUGGUCUGAAGUUCGGAGGUUACGAGUUCUUCAAGCAGCAGUCCAUCAACCUCAUCGGUGCUGAGAAUGCCCGUAACAACCGCACUGCUGUCUACCUCGCCUCUGCCGGUAUUGCCGAGUUCUUCGCCGACAUUGCCCUUUGCCCUCUUGAGGCUACCCGUAUCCGUCUCGUCUCCCAGCCUACCUUCGCUUCCGGUCUUGUCAGUGGUUUCUCCAAGAUCCUCUCCCAGGAGGGUCUCGGUGCUCUCUACUCUGGUUUCGCUCCCAUUCUCUUCAAGCAGGUCCCCUACACCAUGACCAAGUUCGUCGUCUACGAGAAGGUCGUUGACUUCGUCUACACCAAGGUUGACAAGGCCAACGUCAGCAACUCUACCAACACUGCUAUCAACCUGGGUUCCGGUCUCGCUGCCGGUCUUGCCGCUGCCGCCGUCUCCCAGCCUGCCGACACCAUGCUCUCCAAGAUCAACAAGACCCAGGGUCUCCCCGGCCAGGGUAUUGUCUCCCGUCUGAUCUCCAUUGGUAAGGAGCUUGGCCUCCGUGGCUCCUUCUCUGGUAUUGGUGCCCGUCUCGUCAUGGUCGGUGGUAUCACUGCUGGACAGUUCGCCAUCUACGGUGACAUCAAGCGUCUAUUGGGUGCCUCCGCCGGAAUUGAGAUCCCCAAAUAG